AUGUUCCACCUUGAACUACUCACUCACCCCAACAACUAUUUCAGCACCAUCGAGACUUGGAACACUGUGGAAGACCAAUUCUCCAAAGCACUUGAUAAUCAAUUUCAAGGAACAUGGCAAGUCAACCCUGGAGAUGGUGUGUUCUAUGGCUCCAAGAUUGAUGUCACCAUCCGCAACAUCCUCUACCGAUCAUUCCAGAGAAUGUAUUAUAAUUUGAAUCUGAUACCGCCAUAUGUACACACCAAAGUCAGUCAUGAAACCCUGGACUGA